AUGAAACCUUUCAAACUGAAGCAGCAUUUGGCAAAUGCUCAUCCACAGUUGAAAGAUAAGAAUUCUAGCUUUUUUGAGAUAAAGUUAUCCAGCUUGAAGAGGAUGAAGAUGGAUGCAUCUGGGACGUAUCAGCAAACCAACAUCAGCAUAGUGAAGGGUUCAUAUGUGAUUGCCCUUCAGGUGGCCAAAGCAAAGAAACCCUACACGAUUGGUGAAAGCGUUUUGAAACCAUGUAUCCUUGACAGUGUGAGGCUUGUGUUAGGAGAGGAGUCAUCCCAGAAGAUGAAACAGAUUUCCUUGUCCAACAACACCAUCAAGAACAGAAUUGCAGAAAUGUCUGAAGAUAUUAAGGAAAAUGAAAAUGUGGUGUCAAAAGUAAUGUCAUCGCCCUUGUUUUCCCUUCAUAUUGAUGAGUCUACAGAUGUCACCAACAUUGCACAACUGCUUGCUUUUUGCUGCUACAUAACUGACUAA